AUGGGUAGCAUCGAUCCAAAUUUUGAUCCCAUUCAAGAUGAUCUGGACCAGGUCAUCGCGGCUGCUACUCGGUACAAGGAGCGUUUAUCCGAGACAGACAGCUACAAUGCCAGAUACGAUCUCAUGGAAAAGGCUGCUCGCCUCUAUCAAACCAUUCGCGGACCUGCAGAUAUGGUUUUCUCCAAGUUCGAAGAUGCAGCGAAUAUGGGAGCCAUCAGAGCCCUGCUUGAGGCGGGAAUCUUUCACGCCAUCCCUACCGGAGGGAAGAGCAUCUCAGCCAAGGAACUUUCUGCAAAGACCGGCACAGUACGACUUAUGCGCGCAGUUACCCCAAUGGGACCAUUCCGAGAGACCGGGGAGGAGGAAUACGCCCACACGUCAUUUUCAGAGAUCUACAUGGCACCUCAAAUGAUGGGGGUCUACAAGCUAAUGGCGGAUGAAUAUUUCACACCCAUGCUGAGGAACCAUGAAUUUCUGCGCUGCCAGAACUGGCAAAAUAACUUUCGUCUGCGGAACAACCCUUAUACGUUUGUACACAACUGCGAAGGGGAGACAAUGUUUGAGCACAUAUCGAAGUUCCCCGACCGAUUUACCACGUUCAAUGAAGCCAUGGUAGCCCAAGACUCGGGACUCAUCGCGAUUGGCCUCUACCCCUUUGUAGAGGAAUUGGCUAGCUUAGCCAGUGAGGACACAGCCACCAUUGUUGAUGUAGGAGGCGGCCGGGGCCACAUCUUGCGUCAAAUCAAGGAAAGCGCCCCUCAGCUGCAAGGGAGAUUUAUACUCCAGGACCAGGCUAGCGUUAUUGCAGAUAAUGGAAUGGAAACACAGCCGCUUGGAAUUGAGACCAUGGCCCAUGAUUUCUUCCAGCCACAGCCAAUCAAAGGGGCCUUGGUCUACUAUAUUCGCCGCUGUCUACACGACUGGCCCGAUGAGCCAGAGUCAAGACAGAUUCUGGAGAACUUGGCCGCAGCAAUGGAUCCCGAGAGGUCUCGGGUCUUGAUCACGGAAUAUAUCCUGCCAGAAGUUGGCUCCAACAUGUUCCAUGCUUGGAUGGACCACACUAUGAUGACGUUUGCUGGACGUGAACGCACAGAGAAGGACUGGGAACGUCUACUUGAUAUAUCCGGGCUAAGGUUGGUUAGAGUGUGGAGAGCCCCAGGAAUACCGGUUGGUGUCGUUGAAGCUCGCUUGAAGUAA